CAGCUUAUUUAUAACUGAAGAACCCAAUCGCGAAGGCACUUCACAGCUGUUCCCCUUCUUCCCAGUUCCCACUCCUCUCUCUCUCUCUCCCCCCCUAUAAAUCUUCUUCCUCGAGAGACCAGAAUUCUUCCACCAGCAGCCAUGGCCGACUCCAAGGAGGAGAAUCACAGUACGGGCGGGUGGAUGUCGGUGCCGGCGUUCGGAGGGUGGGACACCAAGAACGGUGUGCCAGACUACUCCAUGGACUUCUCCAAGAUCCGAGAGAUGCGCAAGCACAGCAAGAACCCUUCCCGCGCCAGCCUCGGCAACGAGGAGGAGCUCGGUAAAGUCGCCAACAAGGGGCCCGAGCCUGAGGUGGAACGCCACCGUCGCCGACGCAGCGAUCCCGAUUCCGAUCUCCGCCACCACGGUUCCCCUACCGGGAGGAAGAAAUGCAUGGGGUACUUCCAGUGUUGUAUAGGUGCAUGAUCAGACUUGUGGAUCAAGUUCUAGUUCGAAUGCUGAUGGAAUUAUUAUCUGUGAGUAGAUAGAAACUAGUGGCUGCUUCUGUUACAGUGCUCUGUUGCUAUGAGAUUUCUGUUCUCUUCGUUUUUCCUUGGAGAAAAAAAACAGUUGUAUGUUAUUGGAAUUUUAACUCUUCAAUGCUUGCCUUGCCAUAUCA